AUGGCGAAACCGAGUAACAACGUAGAUUUGGAAAAUGCAUUAAAGAAAUUAAAACAUGAUAAACUGUAUGAUGAUUUCUUCGAAUAUAAAAACCAAUCUCAAUAUAAUAAUUAUUGUGAUGUCUUUGAUAGUAAAGGUGAAAAGAAAAAUGAAGACGCCAAAAAAAUUUGCCCUAAACUUGUAUAUUUUUUAGAAAAAAUAGCUAAAAUGCAGAAUAAAGUGGAAGGUGAUGAACGAUGUAGAUAUUUACGUUAUUGGUUAUACGAUGAAGUAGGGAAAUUUCACACUGAGAGCUCUAUUAAUAUGGAUAAAUUAUCUUACAUUACCGAUCUUAUUGAGGUAGGGAAUAAGGUUAAUAAAGAAAAAUUAAAUAAUCGUUGUUCUUUACCUUCGCACGAUAAAAGUGUUAAAUUAGAUGAAUGGAAAAAUAGGAAAAUUUCUUAUAUUUAUUUAAAAAAAUAUAAUGAUAUUAAAAAAGAUAUUGAUCCUACAAAUAAAGAUAAAUGUAAUAUGUAUACUACAUACCUUAAUAAUAUGAAUUCAUUGUAUAAUAAGUACAAGAAGGAAUGUAAGAGUAUAUUUUUGAUGGUUUAUGGUCCUGAUUACGCUGAUUGUUAUUCUACUCAUAAGCCAGAUGAACUCAUAGCUCUAUUGAAGAAUUGUAAUAAGUCUACUGGAGGUGGCAGUACGGGUACUACAUCAUGGUUAUUAAAUUUUUUUAUUCCAUCAAACAGAUCCUCUUCUGGUAAUCAGCAUAAGACUACCCAAGGCACCGUAAAGGUUGCUGAUACAGCAGGGCAGAACACAGAACAGGGAGCUUCACAAGGUGUAACACGCUCAACAAGUUCGGCAAGUUCGGUAAUUGCAGCACCAGAACGCAAACAGGUGGGCCGUGAAAUGUCGGUCACUAUAAAUCCUAAAGCGCCUUUGAGUCCCCUAUCAAGAGAAAACCCUGGGAACGUUGUCAAUGCAGUAAGAUCUAGUGCUUCAGAGACUAGUAGUGAUGCAGGGGCUGUGAUUACCACGACUGUUUCUAGUACAUUAGAAACAUUAAAUGAAAAGUCAGACAAAAAUUAUAUUCGUGACGUCAUAAUGGCUACUGCAAUACUUGGAACUAUAUUCUUCGUUUUCUUUUACAACAUGUUCCAAAAUAAAAAUGUUUUCACUCACUCUACAUUUUUUGUGUUAGUCUUCUGGAUUAAAGUCAAGUUUUCCCAAAAGAAAACGAAAAAAAAGUUAAAUUUGAACAUAAUUAUUACGAAGAGUAUGAAAAGGAGUUUGAGAAGUAUGAUUCAGAAUAUGAAUCUUUAG